AGUUAGCUAUUACUCAGCUGUUGGGCGGAUCGUCCACUUCUUCCCCUCCGACGAUCCCCUCAAUUCCUCCUCUUCGCUUCUAUUUCUCUUUCUUUCUUUUGCCCCUCAACAACAUUCCAAUUUCUCUCUGCUGGCAGAACCCCCACCUGACCUCCUCUUUUUUUUCUUUCUCCUCAUCUUAUCUUUUUCCUCUUUCUUCCUCUCUGAUCUCACCUCUUCGACUCUCCACUACGCCAACUCGUAUUUGUUCAUCGCCACCGCAACCUUUUUCCCACAAAUCCGACACCUGCACCCCCUCCUGUAUACACAAAUCUCCGAUAUACAUUGACCCUGCAUCUGCAAGGACCGUCUGCGAGGCUCGUCAUGGAUCCUUCUGCGCGUUAUCGGCCCAUGUCGCCUGCCGGCCGUAUGAUCGAUCCGAUGCGCGCCUCCACCGGUACAAUGCAGCUGAGCUCAUACGAUCCUUACGAACCCCCCGCACCUCGAUACGCAUACAAUUACAGCGGUUAUCCCCCUGAUGUGCCCUACCACGCACCCUACGAUCCGCGAUUGCACCGUGAAUCCACCCUCGAAGCUCGUCCCAUCGCGUCCAAGGCCUACCGAGACCACGGCCAUCCGAAAUUGAGAACCGAGUAUGCCGUCCGUCCGAGACAGCGAAGCAAUACGGCGUCGGCGGCUGAUAUUCCCCACUCGCCGUUGAGAGUUGCCAUCCCCUCCUCGCCGUUGAGCAGACAGCCUCCCAUCAUCAGCUCGAGCUAUGAUCGACCUACAAGUCCACUGCCUGCGGAUGAGCGGUAUAUGGUGCCAGCUUCGUCUCGGCACGGUCGGGCCCAUCGCCGGCUCUAUAGUAACGACUAUUCCAGUGAUACUGGACGAUUGGGCCACAACGAUAAAGCGAUGGUAAAGUCGAGGGUGGACCCUGGCGCAUACCGGGCGUACGAAGCCAGACAUCCGCCGCGAUACCCACACAACGCUCGGAAGGGAGAGGAUAUUGAUGACUACGAUGCAUACUCUUAUACGAACCCUAGAGAGCAGUUUGAAAAGGAUUCUGCCGCCAGGAUGAGCUACGAUAGGGGUGUCCACAGACGGGAAAGACCGUUGAGUAUGACGGGCAUUGAAGACAUCCCUCAUUUAAUGGCCAAGAAAGAACCUCGGACUCUUGGGCCACCUCCCUCUUCUAGAGGGUUUGAUAAGCUCGAACGUGAGGCAAGAGUGAGAAGCUCCACUCUCAAUUCCGGGGACAGUGACGCCUCUCGUGACUUUGCGAGGUCCCGCCGACGGUCCCGACAGCGGACUCCAAUUGCUUUACACCAAGAAUCCGACGACGGAUAUUCCUCUCUUACAUAUGACCUUAAUGACAGUCGCCAGCACCGCCGGCGACGACGACCCCGACCCGAGGAUGAGAUGGGUCGACAACCUCACGACGACCGAGCGCUGAGAAAGAUUACCGCUGGUGAAUCCGUCGCAUCACGGUCCAGUGCCGGACUGGGUACAGCUGGUCUGGGCUACUCGGAUGACUUUGAUUACGAGCUUUCUCCGCGAUCCGAUCGUCACAGACCUCGCGCACCGGGCUAUGAUGAGCACAGGCAUCACAACCGAUCGAGCAGACCUUCGAGACGGCGAGUGGAAAGCGACUCGGAUGCAUACACAUCAGACGAGGACCUCAAGGACUACCGCCGGGAGCCAGCAGCUCCAAAGGCUCCUGGGUCUGACUCUUCUGCAGGAAGCGGCAAAGAUCAAUCACAACAUCUGACAGUAGCUAGGCCACGGAGACGGUCAAAAUCUCGGCCUCGGAUUCUCGAGGCUUCACCUACCCAAGAACCAGGCUCGGGCAGCAGCCAGGAGGACCUCAAAACGAGCGUGACCGUGGAUCCGACACCGACAAAGGAACUCGAGGCACCACCACCCAGGGGGAUUCUGAAGCCUCCCCGGGAAAAGUUCCCCGAAGAACCCAAUCCGGUGAGAGAAGGCGUUGCACCUCUGAAAGACGCGCACAAAAAGGGAAUUCCGCCAGGAGCACGAUGGACCAAGGUCGAUCGGCGGCUGGUCAACCCGGCGGCACUGGAAGCAUCGAACGAACGGUUUGAGGAACGGUCCGAGUAUGUGAUAGUGUUGCGGGUGUUGACCAAGGAGGAAAUCCAAGCGUUCGCUGUUAAAACGCAGGAGAUUCGAGGUAAGGACGAGAGAGGUCUUCUGACAGAUGAUGGAGACUGACAGCAGCCAGAUGCCCGUCAGCAAGAGUACCUGCGGGAUCGACGUCGACGCCGAGAAGAGGACCGACGCCACGGGCGGCGGGUGGAUGAUUUUUCGAGCGAUGACGAGGAAGAGGAGGAGGAAGCACCACGGGCGAUCGAAGCGCCACCGAGUCAGGGAUGAAUGUUUGCUUAGUUGUUUGUCAGGUGUCAAGUGCCAGGUGU